AUGUCCGCUUUCGAAAACGCCUACCACUUUGACAUCCUUCCCGAACUGAUUGACCAUCCCAUGUACGCUGCUGCAAAGGCUGCUCAUGAGACUUUGUCGCCUGCAGAGCAGCGCAUCAUCCAGGCACUCUCAGAGCUUCCCCAAGAGCCUAUCGAGUUUCCAGAGUAUCGCAAGCAGUUCGUUGCGAUAUGGUGUCAGGAUGGCGAAUUCCCAGCACGAAUGCUACUCGAGAUGGAGCCAUGUGGAGUCCGCCUAUCGUUCCACAGGAACACCGCAAUAUUGCUUGAGAAGGGCCUGCGUCAAGGGACAGCACUUCGACGAUAUGUUGAUGGCAAGUGGGUGCCAGUGAGUUGGAACGAGCCGAUGCGCGUGGUCAAGGGUGAAGCUUUAGGCUUGCGAGUCAGGGGGGUUACGCAGCUGAGCGACUGGUAUAAUAACAUGUAUGCGUUUGAGUAA